UUCAUUCUUAUGUUGUCAAAAUAAAAAUUAAUUGCGUUCGCCAUAUAAUUUUAAUUUGGUUUUAUCGCUGAUAUCCCCUCAAUAUUGUUGACUCAAUUAAGGUGAUAUCAUUUGGUGAAGUGGCAAUUGUCGUGCCAAUUGUGUUUUCCGCAUUCUUUUGACUGUGUGGAUAUGUGAAAAUUGGUGUGAAAAUGUUUCGUGGGCGUGGAAGGCCAUAAGUGCCAAUGUUUACAUUUUCUCUACUGCAUUUUUUCGACUGAUAAUGGAGCGACUCAGGAAGAUAACAAAACUCUUUAUACUCAUCUACCUUCUGAAUGGGCUACUGCACCAAGCCAAUGGGCUUGGGUGCCCGGAGAAGUGCACCUGCAGCAACAAAAAACUCCCGGAAAGUGACUUGGAUGGCUUGAGGGUGAAGUGCGUCGGGAGUCCGGGAGCCAAGAUCAGUACAUUCAAAGAAAUCAAUCUGAGCGAUAUCAAUCAGGCUGAAAUCACUCACUUGGAUUUGAGCAAUAAUCACAUAUCAAGCUUAGAGGCAUCGUAUUUUGUGAAUAUGACACAAUUGCGACGUCUUGACCUCAUGCACAAUUCAAUUAGACUGAUAGACGAAACAGUAUUCGGAGAGAUGCCAAAACUAGAAGACUUGAAAUUAGCGCAAAAUCUUAUAGCGCACAUUUAUCAGGGAUCCUUCGAUAGGAUGCCAUCUUUACGCCUUUUGGACAUAUCCAUGAAUCCCUUAGUAUGCGAUUGCAAUCUGCUGUGGUUAAAUCCAUGGUCAGCCAAUAAUUCCGUGAAGCUGCAAAAGCAGCCAAAAUGCGAAAGUACAGGGACUUUCAAGGGAACUCCCAUCAAGAAGCUCAAAAUCGGCACAGACUUGCACUGUGAGUCUCAACUUCAGACGCACCUAGAACUGAUGCCGGAUCGGGAUCAGAUUCUCUUUGAGGGUGAUGCUCUUAGUAUCAGAUGUCGAGCACCUAGAGUGGCUGUUGGGGCUAAGAUGGACUCUGAGGAUUUGCCACCGGGAGCUCAUGUUUUCUGGGGUUGGUCUGAUGUCAUAUUGACACCCAAUUCAACUGAGAAUAUUACUUUUCAUGAGCCAAUUCAGCAGUUUUCCACAAGUAUACAAAUAACUGAAAAUCAAAUAGCUGAUCGAGGUCUUCUUAAUUCGAUUUUAAGGAUUCCUAGUGUCAGUAGGAAUCAUUCGGGGAUGUGGAAUUGCCGAUUGAGGUCAGAACAAGCAAAUUUCUCGAGGAGUAUUGCUGUCUAUGUGAUUUCCAAUGAGACACUUUAUUGUCCAGCAUAUGAAAUGCAGGACAACAAGGGACACUAUUCCUGGCCUAGAACAAUCCGGGACACGAGUGUCAUUGUUCCGUGUGCAGGAGAUGGUCCACCGCAUGUUUUUGCCGUUGGAAGGUGCAAUGAGGCUGGAAAUUGGGAGAAUUUAGAUACAUCCCAAUGUCCCUUUAUUAAGGAGACCACGAGGAUCUUGGAUCAAUUUGCUAAAGUUAAUCUGACAAUUGUGAGGGUUUUGGAGAGCGCUGAGAGGCUGAGGAACUAUACAGCCCUUCCGGCGAAUAAUACGGUUCAGUUGAAGUUUAGAGAUCCCAUUGAUGUGAGUUUUAUUGCGAAAACCGUAGAAAAUUAUAUAGAUUUUCUGACGGUAGAAGCAGAUUUAGGUCCCAUGGUCUUGGAUAUUGUGUCUCAGGUCAUGCACAUACCCCAGGCUCUGCUUCAGAAGGGUCAGCAACUCGAUGGAGCAUGCAAUAAGUUAGUGAAAGCUGCUGAAGCAGCAGCAGAAAACACCCCUUCGAUGUUAGCUAAGAAGGACAAUCUGGCCAUGGAGGAGUUCAAAAUUCGCCCUCAGAGUUUUUCAGGAAAGACUUGUGUGUGGUUCAAGUCAACUGUAGCUGGAGGGGAGAAGGAACGACGGACGCUACAGUGUAACAUUGGAAAUCAAGCUCAGAGCAUUGGGUUCUAUGACAAACAUUUUGAUGCCUCAAUUCAAUUUCCAGCCUCCCUUUUUGCGCAUCUCUCAGCUGGCAGUAGUACUUCGACGCAGAAACUUCUAGUAUCGGUUUUCCACAAUAGCAAUCUCUUCCCGCAAAAUCGUUCACACGGAAAUUACAGGAUCACAUCGUGCGUUAUUGGAGCCAAGGUUACUAGCACGGGAAACAGAAUGAGAGAGAACUUGACGGAGCCUAUAUUUAUUAUUUUGAGAGCUCAACCCUUCCAUCAUGAACUCAGUGCACCGAAGCCCGUUUGGUGGGAUCCGGAACUCAAUGGGGGUUUAGGAGAUUGGUCAUCGCAGGGUUGUUUGUUCUCUCAUAUGUUGCAAGGAAUGUUGGUGUUUGCUUGCACAAAACUUGGCUACUACGGAUUAAUUCAGCACACGAGGUACCUUAAUGAUUCUCCUGAUGAAAAUUCAGGAGCUAGAUUUAGGUUUUCUCCGAUUGCCGUUUAUGUUGGAAGUGCAAUUCUAUUCAUCUGUCUAUGGAUCAACAUUAGCACUUAUACGGUCUUUGGAAGAACAAUUCAAAUGGCAAGAAAGGCCAAGCAUGCUUUGGUUAACACUUGGUUCACUCUUUCACUCCUCGUUGUUGUUUUCAAUGUUGGCAUCUAUCAGACUGACAACAGCAGGAUUUGUCAAACUUUUGGCAUGCUAACGCAAUACUUCAGCCUAGCUGUUUUGUUUUGGAUGUGCGUUUCUGUGAGCAACUUCUUGAAGCGGAUGAAACGCUUGGAAAAGCGUACGAAUGUGUUGCAGGGCGAUGAUCUGCCAAAGGAAGAUAUUGUCGGUAGGAAACCUAUACUGGGUAUCUAUCUCGUUGGGUAUGGAAUUGCUGUAAUCAUCUGUGGCAUUGGUGGAGCUGUGAAUAUUCGCGAAUAUGCUUCCUACUCGUAUUGCUUCAUGAAGUCCGGACCAGCUCUCAGUGCAGUCUUUGUUCCAGCUACAAUUGUCGUCUGUUUCCUGUGUCUGUUGUUCAUCUGCAUAAAGUGCAACCUAAGAGAUCGCGAUAUAAAUGGGCAUAUGUCUGAAGGUACUCAAGGAACAGAAAAUGUCGAUCUGGACCUUCUGGAACCGGCAACAACAACUGGAAAUCACUAUCAGAGUAUCUCGAUCAGUACUCCAACCACAAGUACGCAGGAUGAUCAAGAACACUCACACAACACUCAGUUGAACGCGUUUGUCAUUACACUAAUCCUGUAUCUGGUGACAUGGCUCUUUGGCGGACUCACCGUUUCCACGCCAUUCGCCGAGAGAAUCCUCUACGAAGAGGAAGUAUUUAGUGUGAUCUUUACAGUAAUGGCCAUCAUUCUCGGUGGUUUUAUUGUUUUCUUCUACGGUGUAGCUCGCAGUGAUAUUCGAAAACAGUGGACUUUGAUGCGAUGCUCUAGGGCUAGGAAUCGUUUCACACAGCAAUUUCCUGGGGAUCCAAAAGAACUCAAUGGGGGCGUUGUGACUUUUCGUCAAGUUUCUGGAAAUUCAGCAGCAGCUCCAACGCUCAAUCACUCAAUUUCCCGAUCAAACAGCCAGAGCUCCAAGAGUCGUCCUAAUAGCACCAAUAUGAUGCUCAAAGCAGCUGCUGAUCUCAAUUCGCACACUCUCACGAGGCGCAAUGAAAGUCCGAGUGGCACAAAGAUGACAGCUAAUAUGAACUUGGUAUUGCUGCAUCGACAGCAAUUUGUUCACAAUCCCGUCAUUAUCAAUGAGGCCGUUCAUAGUGCAGAUAUCUUCUAUAAUCCCAAUCAGAGCAAUGUGGCGAGGAAGUUCUUCAGGAAGCAAAAGAGGCUGGCUAAGCAGAACAAUAUUGAGAUUCAGAGGAGGGAUUUUGGUGGUGAUGGGGGAAGCAGUGAAGUUGGCACAUCGAUGAUUACUUUCCCCAAGCCGCCGACAACAAAGCCGCCAGCGGAAAUGUCAAUGUUCAGUUCGGGCAGCAAAGUCAACAAUAUCAAUAUUCACGUCGACCGAAGAGUUGAGUGCGGCAAAGAGCAACGACACCACAAUCCAAACAUUCUCUCAGACAGUUGCAAUGAAGAGAGUGAUGCUGAUCGAUUGUUAGUUGGAGCUGAAAGUCUUAGAGCUAUUGCAGCUCAGCGUUCCAAAAUCACCAAUCGAGAUAAUCCGUCUGUAGUGGCAAAUAUUUACACAAAUGUGGCAGAAACUGGGACUCCUCAGCAUGAAACUGUAACUAUGAGAGCUGAAGAGAGAUACAAGAAGUCCAUCAAUACCGAUGAUGAUGACGACUUGAGUUCAGACAAUGAUCCUCAUUAUGUCAAUCAGUCAUUUGAUGGGCAGUAUCCGUUUAAGAGUAUCAAGGAGGAGGAGAGAUCACCUGAUCCUCUGGAACUUCCAUCGACUUCACGGGCAAAUCCACAUCCUCCAACUUGUCUAGAACUGAGAUCAACCAAUGACUCUGAUGUCUUUGUGUUGUCGCUCAAUAGUCCGAUUUUGGCAAUGAACACUGUUGGUCUUCCCAUUGUAACUUUGCCGUUGGAGCAACAAAUCCAAGAAGAGACAUCUCCUGAACCAGUUGCUGAAGAAGAGUCUGAGGCUCUUGAGAUGCCCGACGGGGAGCGUCAGUUGCGACUGAUUCAUUCGAAAUCCAUGGAGAACAUGAGUAGAUCAUUCAAUGCUCAGUGGAGAGAGACUCGGGCUAGAUCAAUCUCCUUUAAUAAUGUCUCCCUGGGAACGGAGGCUCUGCUUUCUCCGCUGAAGACUAGCAGUAGCCCUGUCCUCUUCUCACCGAGUCUCUGUGAUAUUGAUGACUACCACCAGCAAGCAACUGCUUCCUAUGAUAUGGACUGUGGUCCAGAUCUUAUGUUUAAUCCUCCUCUCUCGGCCAUUGCCAGGCAUUUUACGUCCAGUCCCACCAGUGAGAGUGAUAUCAACUAUCAGCAUUCGGAAAUUAGCAUCCGGAGCCAUGGGUUGUAUGCUCCUCAGCCGCCGGACAAUGAUCUCACGCUGACGGGAGAGGAUAGCCUUACAUUCGCGUAUCAGGCAUCCGAGGUGAGUGACGUGGAUCGAGAGUACGAUGAUGAUGAUGAGGAUGAGACUGGGAAUGAUGCUCAUGACUUCCUGCUGGGCUCUCAGAGUGAUCUGAGGGAUGAGAGGGAACUCCUGGAUGAGAGUCAGUCGUCCAUUGAUGAACUCUAUCAGCGCAUCAAGAGACGCAGCACCAGGAAGUUCCCAAGACGACCAGAGGCUCAGGGAUGCGAUGAAGAAGCCAGUUGCAGUGCUGUCAUGUCCAAUCCCAACGAUUAAAAUUAGUUAAUAUUCUUUGGUCACGAGCUUUCCGUGGACUUUUGCUAAAAAAAACAUAGCUAAUGAAAAAUUAAAGAAAAGCGCGCUUUUCGUGGAAACUUUAAAAAAAAUUGCAAAAAGUGUUAGUAAAUCCGUGCUUCUGUGAAGUGGAUCAAUGAUGAAAAGAAAAGAAAAACUGAAAAAGUGACUUCAAUGUGCUUAUGUUGUGCAGAUAAAAAAAACAGUCUCGAAGAGCGCACCGCAAUUACAAUAAAAGAGACUAAAUAACAAUUUACGCAUUAGGAUAUAUUUAAAUGAGAUUAUUCAAGGCAUUUUUUAUUAACUUGUAACUCUUGAGAAUCUUGAAUUUUAUUCUCUCAAUUUUAUAGAUUUUAUUUAUUGAGCAAAAUGUAUUUUACAAAGUGAGGGUUUUUUUUUGGAGAGGAGUUACUCUUCAGGAACUCUUUUUUUUUGGAGAAUCUGUAGUUUUUUUUACGUAUGUGGAAUGAUUUUCUACGACAAGAAUAAAAUAAUUGUAGCGUUAAAAUUA